AUGCCUGCAAGACCCCCAUCUCUCCUCCUCCUCCCGUCUCCUCCAGAACCCGCAAAUGCAGACGUAGUUCGAGCAGCUUACCGAGGUACUCUCGCAUCGGUUAUAUCUCGUCUUUCGAAACAAAACCAGCCAAAUACUACUCGCGAUGUAGCGCCUGUAUUAGUCGUCGCCGUUUCGUCACCAAUCUUGACUAAACCGAAUUCUGAAAGCAAGACCCGAUCCGUAUACUGGGAACGUUCGCAAUCACUGGUCGCUGAGCUCUACUCUCUGAUAGUGUCAAUAUGUGCGGAACAGUGCAUUGCAAGCGAUUUGGAGGCAGACGAUCCUGGUGCUGUCGACGUCCGCAUCAUUCUUGUUGACCAUGAUCCGUCAUGUACUACAGAAUAUAAACCCGGCCCAGACGGGUCCUUUGCGCCAAAUAAUACUGUUGUCCCGGACUUGGCCACUUUUGCUUCAGAGGUCCAUCCAUGGAAAUACAUAUUUCAUCCAAGCAGUGAACCUGGCUAUCAGCUCCAGGCAGACUAUCUCCGAUAUGCAGGAGGGAAGCAAAAACUACUCCAGAGCCAACUCAUUGGCGUUGACGGCGGACUCAGUUUAUCAAAACCGGCGGCGGCGUCUUCACAAGCAGUCACAGUUGAUGGGCGGCAAAUAAAAGACUCGGCCAAGAGUUACACCACAGUUUGUCUCGGGGGCACAUUUGACCAUCUGCAUCCCGGCCACAAACUAUUCCUCCAUGCCGCCAUACUCCUCCUAAACCUGCAAGAAAGCACAAGCACGCCUGCGAACAGCCCGCGAUGCGAACUUGUCAUCGGAAUUUCCAGCGAUGAACUACUCGCAAAGAAAAAGUAUGCCGAGCAGCUUCAGUCCUGGGAAGUCCGUUCUCGCUCCGUCAUCAGCUUCCUCUCCACCCUGCUCAACUGGUCUACAACCUUGACCACAGAAACCAAGGCCGUACAGGCAGAAACUAAGGAACUGCACGCUACAUUCCGGAACGGUGCGAUUUUGGUGCGCUGUGUUGACUUUCACGACAUAUAUGGGCCAACGGUCAAACAAGAGUCCAUUCAGGCGUUGGUCGUGUCUGGAGAGACUCGGAGCGGCGGCAAAGCUGUGAAUGACAAGAGGCACAGCCAAGGAUGGCAUCUCCUAGAUGUUUACGAAAUCGAUGUCCUGGGUGCCCAGGGCAACACGACGACCGAUAACUUUGAGAGCAAAAUCAGCAGCACGGAGAUUCGGAAGCAAAAGGCGCAGAGGCCUGCAGAGUCCUUGUAA